AAAUUAUCCAUCCAACGGACGAUAAUACCCUUUGGACGCUAAUCGCAGCCGUUGGAUCUCAGUCGAGAACGAUAUAAAAUGCCUAGCUUAAACAUUUGUGCGGUUCUUAUCAUCACAAAGUAUAGCCACUGCGUUGAUUGUGAUCUUCGCAUCUGGAGUGUUAUCCUGAGGUUGACGCAUGUCUCAUCGCAAAUUUGAACACCCCCGACAUGGCUCUUUGGGAUUUCUUCCUAGAAAGAGAGCCUCCCGCCACAGAGGAAAAGUGAAGGCAUUUCCCAAAGAUGAUCCAACAAAACCUUGCAGAUUGACUGCUUUUCUGGGUUACAAAGCAGGGAUGACUCACAUUGUUAGAGAAGUUGAAAAGCCGGGGUCAAAGCUCCACAAGAAAGAAACAUGUGAAGCAGUCACAAUCAUAGAAACCCCACCUAUGGUGGUUGUUGGGGUUGUGGGUUAUAUGAAAACACCCCAUGGUCUCCGUUCACUGAACACUGUCUGGGCCCAACAUUUGAGUGAGGAAGUGAAGAGGAGAUUCUACAAGAACUGGUGCAAGUCCAAGAAGAAGGCAUUCACCAAGUACUCUAAAAAGUUUGAAUCUGAAGAUGGGAAGAAAGAUAUUCAGUCUCAAUUGGAGAAACUGAAGAAGCAUUGUUCAGUUAUUCGAGUCUUGGCGCACACCCAGAUCAGAAAGAUGAAAGGGUUGAAGCAGAAGAAAGCCCAUCUGAUGGAGAUUCAGGUAAAUGGCGGGGAUGUUGCCAAGAAGGUCGACUUUGCCUACAGUUUCUUUGAGAAGCAGAUACCUAUUGAAGCUGUUUUCCAAAAGGAUGAGAUGAUUGAUAUAAUUGGUGUGACCAAAGGAAAGGGCUAUGAAGGUGUGGUUACUCGUUGGGGUGUUACCCGUCUGCCCCGCAAGACCCAUCGUGGUCUCCGGAAGGUGGCAUGUAUUGGUGCUUGGCAUCCGGCUAGGGUGUCAUUUACUGUUGCUAGGGCUGGGCAGAAUGGUUAUCAUCACCGUACUGAGAUGAACAAGAAAAUCUAUAAGCUUGGGAAGACUGGCCAAGAGUCUCAUACUGCAAUCACUGAAUAUGACAGGACUGAAAAGGAUAUCACGCCAAUGGGAGGAUUCCCUCACUAUGGUGUGGUGAAGGAGGAUUAUGUGAUGAUAAAAGGAUGCUGCGUUGGACCAAAGAAGCGUGUUGUGACCUUGAGACAAUCAUUGUUGAACCAGACAUCUAGGGUUGCUUUGGAGGAGAUCAAGCUUAAGUUUAUUGAUACGUCCUCCAAGUUUGGCCAUGGUAGAUUCCAGACAACACAGGAGAAGGCAAAGUUCUAUGGGCGGGUGAAGGCUUGAUUUUAGUAGCAAGAGAGGGAAUAAAUAAACAUCAUAACUUUUCUCCCCCUGUUUGAAAAUUUUGAGUUCAUUAUGCAGCUGGUGACUAGAGUUUUGUUGUUUCAUUUAUUAUUGAACCUGUUUGGAGAUUUCAUCAUCAAAUUAAUUAUUGCAAUUUAUAUA